ACCACCUUCUUCUAUCUACACCACGACCUAAACUAUUCAUUGAUACCCCUACUACACUCUAUAAGACGGCUGGAAGGCAGCAGAUAUACAGUGUACUCCCUAUUUUGCAUGGAGGGGAUGGUGUGGAUGGUGGUGUGCAUAGGAGAUGACAAGCCAUUUCAAACAAACCAAAAGUUGGAAGUCCUUUAACGUGACUCUUUACCAUAUGAGCCUACACCUGACACUGACAAUGUAAU